AUGAAUAUGGGGAGGACCUCAGUUCAGUAUAGAGGAAGUAGAAAGGGGAUGAGUGGGUAAAAAAAAAGCAAAAGUGAAGAAAAUAAUAAUAAUAAUAAAUUUACAAAAAAAUUGAUUAAAAAUGGGAUAAAAAAAUAAAAUAAAAUAAAUUAGGAUGAGGGAAAAAUAAUGUGAAAAGAGAUAGAGAAUAAAUGAAAAAAGGAAAAGAUAACAAAAUAAUAAUAAAAUAAAAAUGAAAAAGUGAAGUGUCGUUCCUUUCGCUGGCUUAAGAUCCCAGUCUUCUGUACUGUCUGCGGUUUCUCAGUUUCCUGUUGCUGGGACUGGUGGCUUCUCUUUAGGCCAGUCCCUGAGGACUCUCAGGGACUAUUCAGAUUUUUUUUAAUCCUUUUUACCAUUCAGGGUAUAUUCUGGGUGUAGCUGCAUUGGUUGCCUGGAGACUGUAGGGAGAGGGGCUAUCUCUUCAGAAGAAAAUGGCUUCCCAGGUCCCAUGCAUCAGGUAUGACUCAGCGCCAGACUCACUGCCACUUCUCCUGGACCCUCUCCUCUCCCCAGCCUCUCCCCAGACUCCACAAGUCUGCACCUUCUCCUGCACCUCAGCCACGGGUGGAAGGAGGGUGAGAAGAUAUUAAUCAAAUAAUUUAUAUGCAUACAUGCAUUGCCCAUGGACACAGACAAUAGACAGAAGCUGUGUUGGUCAGUGACUUUAUUGAAGGCUGAGAGUUGAAAUGAAUUUGCAGAUGACACACAAUUUCUAAGACAGAGGCAGAAAGUCAAGACUGGAUUGUGGAAACUCUUUUCUCUGCCACGCUUUGGUAAUAGGAAUCACCCUCCGUUGAAUGGAAGAUAAAGGCUCCUUCUUCUGAAGACCUUUUAGCCCAAGAGAGAGCUGUCUUCAGCACCUCACUAUGUGUCUACUUUUUGUUGCUUAGACGAGCCUGGGAUUUCUAUAACAUUUGCAUUCCAUAUUGGAAGAAGAGAUUUCUAUAGAUGAAAAAAAUGCCUUUGUUUAGUAAAUCACAUAAAAAUCCAGCAGAAAUUGUGAAAAUUCUGAAAGACAACUUAACCAUUUUGGAAAAGCAAGACAAAAAGACAGACAAGGCUUCGGAAGAAGUAUCGAAAUCACUGCAAGCAAUGAAAGAAAUUCUGUGUGGUACAAAUGACAAGGAACCCCCAACAGAGGCUGUGGCUCAGUUAGCACAAGAACUCUACAAUAGUGGGCUGCUGGUGACACUGAUAGCUGACCUACAGCUGAUAGACUUUGAGGGCAAAAAGGAUGUGACCCAGAUAUUUAACAACAUCUUGAGAAGACAGAUAGGCACUCGAUGUCCUACUGUGGAGUACAUUAGUGCUCAUCCACAUAUCCUGUUUAUGCUCCUCAAAGGAUAUGAAGCCCCACAGAUUGCCUUACGUUGUGGAAUUAUGCUGAGAGAAUGUAUUCGACAUGAACCGCUUGCCAAAAUCAUCCUCUUUUCUAAUCAAUUCAGAGAUUUCUUUAAGUAUGUGGAGUUGUCAACAUUUGAUAUUGCAUCAGAUGCCUUUGCUUCUUUUAAGGAUUUACUAACCAGACAUAAAGUGUUGGUAGCAGACUUCUUAGAACAAAAUUAUGACACUAUUUUUGAAGACUAUGAGAAAUUGCUUCAGUCUGAGAAUUAUGUGACUAAGAGACAAUCUUUAAAGCUGCUGGGUGAACUGAUCCUGGAUAGACACAACUUUGCCAUUAUGACAAAGUAUAUCAGCAAGCCAGAGAACCUCAAAUUGAUGAUGAACCUCCUUCGAGAUAAAAGUCCCAAUAUUCAAUUUGAAGCCUUUCACGUCUUUAAGGUAUUUGUGGCCAGUCCUCACAAAACACAGCCUAUUGUGGAGAUUCUGUUAAAAAAUCAACCCAAACUCAUUGAGUUUCUGAGCAGCUUCCAGAAAGAAAGGACGGACGAUGAGCAGUUCACUGACGAGAAGAACUACUUGAUUAAACAGAUUCGCGACUUGAAGAAAACGGCCCCUUGAAGCCUCACCCGGUUCCUGGCCGGUCACCGUCUCAUGAGAGGGGCCUGUUUUUCUCAGUGUAUUGUUCAGUGUAGAUGGAAUAUGAACAUUUGAAUGAAAAGAAACUAACCUAGAAUUAUAUAUUCAGUUUAGUCAAAUCUAUGAUUAUGUGAAAUCAGAGCUAUUAAUAAAAGCAAUUGUAACUUUUUGUUGCUGAAAAGCAACCCUGAGCUCCCAGUCCCUAUGAACCCCUAAGGAGGAGCCCAAGUGAUGGGCCACUGAACCCUCAAAGAGGGUGGGAUUCUCAGGAGAGCUGGGCCUGGGCAGAAGGCACAAGGCUGUUUGACUUACCUGCACUUGGGCAAACUCCUUAAGGCACUGACGGGUCUGAGAAAAUAAGAUCCAUGUGUUCAUUCACUAGCUAUUCUUGUUCCCUGCCUAUGUCUUUUAACUCUAAUUGGUGGUUCUUGACUUCCUAGGAAAUCGCCCUCCUUUCUGCUCACUGUCCCACAUUCCAUCACAAGGGAUGUCCUCAGCUCUCCUGACUCCUGGCACCUCCCACCCCCUCCGCCCUUACCCCACCUGCAGUAGCGAUAGCUCAGAACCAAGGAUUUCCAAGGGCCCAGGGGCAUAGCGGACCUGGAUCGUGUGACCUGCUCACUUGGAAACUCGGGACAGGUGAUUCAAACCAUAGUUCCAGCUAUAGUCAUGGAUGUUUCACACUGACUUCCAUAGCAUUCAUGAACAUUUGUAAUAUUUCAUUCAUAAUUCUUAUCACGGGGAAAAUGUUUUGUGGCGAAAGUGUUUCAGAGUAGGAAUCAUUGCAUUAGGAUACCUAGAAUGUACAGAGGGUCACACAGGUCUUUAAACCAUUUUUAUAAAUAAAGGAACAUUGUCAUUGGGAGGGCAGAUUAUUGAAUGCACAAAAAAGUGUCAAAUGACUACAAAAUUGUUCAGCUUAUUUCCUAAUAAGCUGUCACUCUUAAUUUCCUAUUAAAGUAUUCAGUGAAAAGGUAGAAAAAUUAUCAAAUGUUGGUCCCAAAUAUUCUCUUGCAGUUUCCAAAUCAAGAGUUAUUGUCUUCUGUAGGAACCUUUACUUCUUACAAUAUUGGGUGUUGUGUUCCUCAACCAGAUGUUUCUCUACCCAGAGAGGUACCUGGCAGGGUUUCGCCCUCCUCGGCUGGGGCACAGGUUCAUGUUCUUCUGUGCGCAGCGUGGAGUCCUGAGGCAGACGGUGUGGGCCCUGGGGGCCUCCUGGACCUUCUGGCAGCAGCUCUGGCCAGUGCUGGCGUGGGCGGGUCAGCCGGCAGCCCGUCUGAUGCCCUUCAUUCUUUAGUCUAAUUACGUUUAGAACAUUCCCAGACAGUCCAAAGUCUAUUAGAGUUCGUCUUUUCUGGUUUUGCUUAUUUGAUUAGAAGAGAUGAGUGUAAAUAUAUUUUUAAAAACAAAGGCACAAUAACCAUUGGAAAUUUAUUUGGUUGCUUAAAUACUGUCCCACAACAUCAUGGGACACAUGUUUUCAAUUGCAAAUCAAGGCCUUGGUUUAAUCCUUUUUGGUAAGUAAAACAUUUUAUUUUCUCUGGGUUUGAAUUAGCUCUUACCUAGCAACCCCUUAUCCUGGUUUGGUACCUGCCAAACAAAACUAGGCUUAAGAGACAAUAAGUGGAGUAGCUGGGGUUUUGUUGUAAUACAGAUUUGUAAAUUAUUAAUGUGAAAGAGGGAGCCAGAAGCUCAGUCAAUAUAUGCUUGCACAAAAUUCACUGUAAAUAUUGUGAGAAUUGAAUUUUGAAAGGUCAUAUUUAAUAAACUAUUUCAAAAGCACACAUUUAAAAUAAAGACUGACUAAAUAAAGAGGUCCUGCAUGCUCCAUGGUUGUUUUGCAUGU